UAGGUACUCUAACUACAGUGCGCGGCAGGAUGACCGCGUACUCUAGAUAGGUCCCUCUCUCUCGAGUCUCCACAACUCUCACGGUUACCUACAUACGACUGCAACACGGAGAAAUUCUUAGACCGAGAGGAAAUCAAUGUCGCAACCCGAAAACGACUCGACCUACGACCGGGAGUCGCCCUCGGAAGCCGCAGGUACCACGACCGGUAAACACCCGCACAACCACAACCACAACAAUCCGUUAUACCAGUCGCAGAGCCAGAGCCAGAAAAACCCCGCGUGCGACCACUGCCGCGAAAAGAAAAUCCGCUGCUCCCGCGAGCGCCCAACGUGCCAGCACUGCCGCGCGUCGCGAACAGACUGCUCCUACACCGAACCGCAGAAGCGCGCGCCGGAGGUCUCAAGGAAUGUACACCGCUUCGAGGAGGUGAAUGGUCGUCUGGAUAGGAUCGAGAAUGCUAUCGGCAAUCUGACGAGGCUGAUCGAUAGACGACCGCGUGCGCGAUUGCACAAUCCGAGUUUUGCCACGUCGCUGGUGGCGAGUUCGAUUACCGCGCCGUUUCUGAACACCGCCGACGGCAACGACAAUUCCGGAAAGCAGUUUGUGAAGGAUGCGCUAGGCACGCCGCAGUACCUUGGGUCUUCGUCGAUUCUGUCGCUCACGACCGAGGCGCAAAGCCUGGCGGAAGAAAAGCUGAAGUCGGCGAAUCUGCUCCCGCGAAGGCUGCUGGAUCAUGGGAUGGCGCCCGCGGGUGGUGGUGCUGAUGGUGCGAGUAGCCUCGAGGAUAUGUCGCAUUCGUCCGCAACGUUGGCAGCGGCGAUUCCAUCGUACGGACAUCACCUCAUCCGCGAGGGAGCGGCGCAGGUGAAACAGUAUAUUCCGUGGAAGGCCGAGGCGCUGGAGAUGGUGGAUGAGUUUUUUAAUUCCAUGUAUCACUGGUUCCCGAUCAUCAAUGAAGAGUCGUUCCGUAGGGAUUUGGACAGGAUGUAUGCGGAGCCAGAGGUGAUGCAGAGAGACGGUGCAUGGAUGGUUCUAUUCAACAGCGUGAUCCUCUUCGGCCACUACGGGAAGUCCAUGAACGCCACAUCACACGAGCGCAAGGUCAUCGAUUCGUACAGUACGCAGCGCAAGCAGACACACUUCUACAAUGCAUGGUCUGCCCUCGACGACCUGGAAGUCACCAUGACGCCGAAACUACGAAACGUGCAGGCGCUAUUCACAAUGUCUCUCUGCUCCAUCGAGCUCUCGCGACCCGCACUCUGCUGGAGUCUUCUGUCGCAAGCCGCCAGAUCCGCACAGGCACUCGGUCUCCACCGGCGCGGGAAGCCGCAACAAUCCGCGUCACGCGUUCAUGACGAGGAGAGGAAAGCGCUGUUCUGGUGCAUAUACAUCCUCGACAAGGAGAUGUCACUGGUCUUUGGUCGCUCGGCAUCACUCCCAGAGUUCGACUGCGACGUUGAGUUACCCGUCGACGACGGGAGGAAUCCAUUCUUCAAGAACUUUCUGGCCGAGAUCGAGCUGGCACGGAUUCACUCGUCGAUAUACAUCCGGCUGUACUCGGCGCAGGCAGCGAUGCAGAGCGAGCAUGAUCUUGGGGUGGCAAUCCUAGAGCUCGAUAGGGAGGUGGAUGGGUGGUGGGAGCGUUGGAGUGACACGGUGAACUACUUGAAUAAGGAUAGGUCGUUCAAGACCAUUGACCUGUUCGAGCACGUACAGCUCAAGUUUGGGUAUUACUCGAGCGUGACUCUGAUCAACCGCAUUGCGAGACCGGGGAUGGCCGAGUACGCGCAAAGUCAGCGGAAGGCUUUGGAGAGUGCGCGGGCGGCGAUCAAGAUGACGAUGGAGGUGGUAGCCAGCGCGCCCGACCUGGCCAAUACCGGCUUGAUGCUAUGGCUCUUCAACUGCAAACCGUUCACCAGCUUCUUCCUGCUAUUCUCCAACAUCAUCCGCAACCCCGCCGCACCCUCAUCUACCAAGGUGGAUCUCCCGCUGAUGCAAGCGCUGGUUGACUACUUCCGCGAGAUGCAAGACCGCAACUACGAGAGCGCUGCGCGGCUACGCAGCGUAGCCACGGCAUUCACGAACGUCGCCAUCUCCUUCCUGCACAACUACCGGCGACAAGUGGGCGGCUCGGGCUCGGGCUCCGACUCACCCCCUACCCGGGCGCGAAAACGUCCGCGGAAAGAGGACGAAGCACGGCGGACGUCGGAAGCCGAAGACAACCUCCCGCCAUUAUACCCACUGCCUCCCACAGGCGUCAGGAAUCCUAGGUACUCGCGGCACUACCUAAAGGCCUGUCCCCCCGUCGCCACGGCACCACCGGCACAGGAAGUACUACCGGGCGUGGAUCUUGAGACGACGUCGUUCCUGCGGUGGCCAUCGCCGCCCAUGACUGCGCCCGGCUCGAGCACGGACGACAGCCCCAACGCCGGGGAUAUGCCGCUGCCCCACAGCGGCAUAACAAACACGGAUAUAGAAACGCUCAUCGCGGAGCCGCUGGGGUUCCAGAUGAGGAUGGAGCAGGCUGCUACGAGGGGCCCGCUGGACUUUGAUUGGUUCGGCUGGGAGGCGCAUUUUGGAUUGCCGCUGGAUGGAGGGGCGCCCGAGCAGGGCGGUGGUAUGCCGCUUGGGGGAGGGUGA